GGGGGGAGGGGAUGUUUGAUGAGCAAAGCUCCCGAUUUAUGCACUGCUCCGAAGCAGACCCCCAAUGCGAGCAACCUACAGGAUAGAUCGGCUGUGACGUGUCAGUUUUCAACUUCAAUGCGAUCGAGAGCAUCGAGCAUCUGGCUGUUGGUAAUGUUCCGGCGAGAUGCGAUUGAGAUUUUCCGCCAGAGGUCCCGGCCUGGGUGAUGACUUGCCCGACCUCGGGCAACCGAGCUCCAAUGAAGUGUACUGUACCAUCAUCACGAGAUAUAUGCCACCUGUCUUGCGAGCUCUUUUGGUCGGUAGGAGUAUGUACUGUACUCGUGAGCUUUCGAUCUACACACGUACAGAUCGCCGAUCAAAAGACCCCAGAAACGUCAAACAAUAACAACAACAACAACCGAAGCCAACAAGCAAGCAAACAAGCAAGCAAUAAAAGUAUACUUCCAAGCCCGACUCGGUGGGAAAAGCGACAGAAAUUACUUAAACCGGGCAAGCGACCAAACCUUAAGGCCGAUUGGAUUUCCGCUGUAACCGGCCGAGCUUUUUUUUUUGCGUCUGGAUUAUUCUUGAUGGGUAGGGAAGAGUGCUUGGUGAUUGAUUGAUUCCGUGGUGGCUGAUGCUGAUGCUGGCCGGACUCGGAGAGUAGGAGUAGGGCUGCUGUUUGUGCCGUUGCUGUUGCUGUUGCUGUUGUGGUUU